AUGAAUUGUCUCCGCCAGACCCAUCGACGACUCAUACAGCACACCAAAGCACCCACGCUACUGCCGACGAUAGGAGCAUCGCUAGCUGCAAUUCCUGCUCUCACACCCACUCCCCUCAUAUCCAGAACCUCCGUCGCAUAUGGCUCUAGCUCCUCGACACGGUGGAAGACACGCCAGACCCGCGACCACUUUGCCCGCGAAGCAAAAGUCGCAGGCCUCAAAUCUCGCGCUGCCUACAAAUUACUCGAACUCGACUCCAAACACCAUAUUUUCCGCAAGGGCGCUACUGUAGUGGACCUGGGCUAUGCGCCUGGGAGUUGGAGUCAGGUCGCUGUCAGCAGGACGAGUCCGGGCGGCAGAGUGUUGGGCAUUGAUAUCAUUCCUGCGCAACCCCCGCGAGGCGCGUCGAGUAUCCAAGGCAAUUUCCUGAGUGCAGAGGUGCAGGCUGAAGUGCGGCGAUAUGUGCGAGAUCCGACUUUGGGGCGAGCGAGAGCAAAAGUCGUCAUGUCGAAACGCGGCUCCGAUGAGGCAGCCGAGGAGGAAGAAGGCGCCACAGAAGAAGACAUCGAAGCCCAAAGUCGCGGCGUGUUGAGUCUAGCUCAAGAAACACGGCCGCAAGAAGAGGCAGAGCGAGAUCAUCAACAGCAAGAUGCAGCAGCUGCAGAGGCUAAAGAAGAGGAAGAACAACUCAGCGUGCGGAAAAAGGAUCUUCGCGACGGCAGGGUGGUCGAUAUCGUGCUAAGUGACAUGUCAGCACCCUGGGAGCAGACGACCGGCCACUGGAUCAGGAGCGUUAGUAACCCGUAUUUCAGGAUGAUGAACACGAGCGGCACCGCCUUUCGCGAUCACGCCGGCAGCAUGGAUCUCUGCAAUGCUGCCCUGACUUUCUGCUACGACACCCUCCGCACCGGCGGCCACUUUAUGUGCAAAUUCUACCAAGGCGCCGAAGACAAGGCCUUUGAGAAUCGACUGAAAAAGCUGUUUGACAAGGUUCACAAGGAAAAGCCUGAAUCUUCCAGAAAGGAGAGUAAAGAGGCUUAUUUUGUUGCGCUGAGGAGGAAGUCUGACGUCCCGAGAGAAGCAGUGUUUCCGGAUGAGGUUGUUGCAGAGGAAAAUGAGUUUCCAGAGUGA